AAUCAUUAAAUGGUGAUAUUAAUGAUAAUGAUGAUUCAAAAGAGCCUGAGAACUUGGAAGAAACUGAAGCAAAUGAAAUCAUAAUGGUAGAUGGCUGAUGAUAAUGAAAUGGAGACAGAGAUUGCUGAUGAUCCGUUCACAAAACACUUUCAGUAUGAGCUUAGCGAUGAAUUAUUGGUCUCUUUAUCAAGUAAUUCACCGUCAAUGGAAAACAUAUCAAAAGGAUGGCCAGUGCUUGGAAAUUUAAUUAUAACUAUCCCAAAGCCUGUAACCACUGUAACAGCUAAAGUGAAACCAAAAAUAUCAAUCCUAGAAGAAAAGACAUAUGCCCCUGAAGGAACUGUACCUAAUUAUACUAAUCAUAUAGAUUUUAAUAAGCUAUAUAUAAAAUCACAAAUACAUGGCAACAUUGUAUCGGCAAAUAAAACAAAUCUUAUAAAAAGAGAUUUGGAUUUAACAGACAUUUUCACUCCAUUACAAAAGGAAUUAUUUUCUAUAAUGAACAACUAUCAAGAUCUGUAUUAUCCGGAAAGAAGUUUUAGUAAUUCUGAUGAAAUUCGUUAUACAUAUUGUCUACAUGUAGUCAAUCACAUGUUGAAAACUCGUAUCAAGAUUUUGCAUCAUAAUUCCAAACUAGCUCGGAAAUCUGAUAUGUCUGAUGAAUAUCGGGAUCAGGGAUUGGUGAGGCCAAAGGUUCUGAUAAUGGUGCCAUUCAAAGAUGCAGCAUACAGAGUAGUGAAAACACUAAUAGAUAUACUGGUGCCAAAAGAAUCGGGACAGGUUGUGAAUAAAAAUAGAUUUGAAGAAGAUUUUACUGGUGGUGAACUGCUUAUGCCAACAAAAAAUCCCAAACCAGAAGAUUAUGAGUUACUAUUCAGUGGCAACACUGAGGACACAUUUAGAUUAGGAAUGACACUUACCAAGAAAACACUAAAGCUUUACACAGAUUUCUAUUCAUCAGAUAUUUUAAUAGCAUCUCCAUUAGGACUCCGGAUGAUAGUUGGUGCGGAAGGUGAAGAAGACCGUGACUAUGAUUUCUUGGCUUCCAUAGAGAUAUUGAUAAUGGACCAAGCUGACGUAUUUCUGAUGCAGAAUUGGGAUCAUUUAUUGCAUGUAUUGGAUCAUUUUCAUUUACAACCGAAAAAGACACAUGACACAGAUUUUUCUAGAGUCAGAUCAUGGGCUGUUAAUGGCUGGUCUAAAUAUUACAGACAAACGUUGAUGUUCUCUUCCGUGUCAUUACCGGAAAUAAAGUCUGUUAUCAAUAGAAAGUGUCAAAAUUACGCGGGUAAGGUGAUGUUGGCGAAUCCCAUAGAAAUUGGCAGUAUACAGCAAGUUAUAUUGCAAGUGCCCCAACUGUUUCAUAGAUUUAAUGCGACGUCUCCAAUGGCGGCUGUAGAGAGCAGAUUUGAAUAUUUUGUGAAGGAGAUUCUGCCCAAACAACGCGAUACACUGAUGAGCCACACCCUUAUUUAUGUGCCAAGUUAUUUUGAUUUCGUUAGAUUAAGAAAUUAUUUUAAGAAAGAAGAUAUUGGCUUCGUACAAAUCUGUGAAUAUUCUAAGGAUGGUAAAAUAGCACGCGCUAGAGACAUGUUCUUCCACACUGAAGCUCAUUUCUUGCUGUACUCCGAGAGAGUCCACUUCUUCAGAAGGUUCAGGAUAAAGGGUAUCCGGCAUAUUAUAUUCUAUCAACCGCCUACAUAUCCGCAUUUCUAUUCUGAAAUGUGUAACCUCAUGCAGGAAAGUAACCAAAACAAAUAUGGCGGCAGCGAAUGCAAUAUGACAGUGACAACACUGCAUUGUAAGUAUGAUGCGGCGCGCGUGGCCGCCACACUCGGGGCUGCGCGUUUUGCGCGCCUCGCCGCCUCCGACAAGGCCGUGCACAUGUUUGUAACUGGGGAUUAAUAAAUUUGUCGCAUUAUG